AUGGCAUCAGAUAGCAAUCAAAGGUUGUCUACCCCUGGGGAUGGAUUUCAAAGGCCUAGUUAUCCUAAAGUGCAUUCGCAGGAAGAGAGUGGUCCUCAGGUGAAUGCGAGACUAUUAAAACCUUCGAGUUCAAUUAUACAAAAUGUGCCUACUCAGGCCGGGUGCAGUACGAUACGAAGCGGAGGUUUCAGAAACAAAGUGGUUCUAAAACCUGGACAUAGUGCCAUGGAUUGGGCUAUAUUAUCUAGUACUAAAGGAGCUAAAGGAUCUCUUAUAGCCGGUAUUAAUAAAUUGGUAAGCGAUCCUGAAAUUCAAAGGAUCAACACGCCUAGUGCAUUGAUGUGUCUACAGCACGGGGUUCCCACCUCUAAAAUAUAUCCCCCUCUGAAGAUCAGUAUGAAGCACUUGGAGCAGCACAAUUCGAGAGAUGAUUGUUGGUGUGUUCUUCAGAACAAGGUAUAUUGUAUUACGGGCUAUAUGGACUUUCACCCAGGUGGUGUGGACAUUCUGUUGAAAAGUGCAGCAGGCAAGGACGCUACAGCAAUGUUCAGCAAGUACCACAGAUGGGUAAAUUUUGAAAGACUUCUGGAGUCUUCAUACAUAGGUAAUGUUGUGAAAUGA